AUGAGUCAUUUGAAAAUUUUCAAAUAUUUUUCCGAAAGAACUAGACAGAAAAAUGAUGAAAUACCUUCAGAUCAAUCAAGCACUAUAUCAUUACAAAAAAAAAAAUUCAAAAAGUAUUUUAAUUUUAUUAUUACGAAAACAAGGAGGAAAAAUAGAAAGCUAAAUUCAUUUCAUGGGGGAAACGAUGUGAAUUACACGUUCAAGUCGGCAGUGCACAAGGCUUAUCACAAUAUGCCCCCAGAUGUUGACAAAACUGAGGGUAACAAUAGUAAUAGUAAUAAUACUAACAGUAAUACUAACAGUAGUACUAACAGCAAUACUAACAGUAGUACUAACAGCAAUACUAACAGCAAUACUAACAGCAAUACCAACAGCAAUACCAACAGCAAUACUAACAGCAAUACUAACAGCAAUACUAACAGCAAUACCAACAGCAAUACUAACAGCAAUACUAACAGCAAUACCAACAGCAAUACUAACAGCAAUACUAACAGCAAUACUAACAGUAAUAGUAGUAAUAACCAAAGCAGUAAUAUAAAUACAGGCAGCAGUCAAAAUUUUAAGAAUAACGAAAUUAAUAAUAAAGAAUCUAAGGAUAAACGAAGUAGCCUUUGCUCAACUAAGAACAGUCACUCCAUCGAAAGAACAAAAUUAUUUAAAAUAAAUUAUGAAUUUAGUAAUAAAAAAAAAGGGAAGAUAUUUAAAAUUCCAUUUUUAAAAAUAAAUAAUAAUAAAAAUGAAAAAAGAGAAGAACACGAUUAUUUAAAGGAAAACACAAAUGGUCGACAAACUUCUGUUGAUAGCCAAAUUAAUCAUACAAAAAAUAAAUUAACAAAAAAAAAAAAAGGUUUUGACUUGAAUGGAAAGCAUCAUCGUAUGUGUAAAAUAUUCCUUAAGCAAGGAAACAGGGAAAACUCUCCUUUCAAGCGCCGUAUAAACGAAUGUAUGUUUAGUAAUAAUAUGUUCGUAUAUGCUAAAUGUUUAUCAGAUGAAGAGAAUGUGUCCAGUAAAGCACUGAACAUUAAACCGGGUGACACCAAACCGGGUGACACCAAACCGAGUGACACCAAACCGAGUGACACCAAAAAAGUGUGUAAGAGGGGUUCCAUCAACACAUUAAAUGAGGAUGACGAUAAAAAUGACAAGUGGAAUUUUGUGAACAAUUCGAAAAAGGAGCAUUCAGAUAUGGCUUCGUAUGACAGGGAUUCCUACUUUUCAAAGUUGAAGAAGGAGAUGCGCUACAAAGACAACAUGGCAAACUGCGCUAUGAAUAACAAUAGCAGCAGUAGCAGCAAUAACUUUUUAACUCUAAAUGAUAAUUGCUUGUACAUGCAAGAAGAGAAGGAAAAAACGAAAAAAAAAGAACCAAGAAAAUCAGUAUCCUUAUCAAAUGAAAAAAAGAAUGGAAUAAGACCAGAGAGUUUUAAUUUUUUAAAAGUUAUAGGGAAAGGAUCUUAUGGAAAAGUACUACUAGUUAAACAUGUUAAAAAUAAUAUGUUAUAUGCUAUGAAAAUAUUAAGAAAAGAAAAUAUUAUAUCACGAAAUCAAUUAGAACAUACGAAAAUUGAAAGAAAUGUAUUAAAAUGUGUUUCUCAUCCAUUUAUAGUUAAAUUAUAUUAUGCUUUUCAAACAUCCAAAAAAUUAUAUUUCAUAUUAGAGUAUUGUCCAGGUGGAGAAUUAUUUUUUCAUCUAUCAAAAUUAAGAGAAUUUUCGGAAGAAGUAGCUAUUUUUUAUUCAUCUGAAAUAAUCUUAGCAUUGCAAUACUUACAUGAACUAAAUAUUAUAUAUAGAGAUUUAAAACCAGAAAAUGUGUUACUAGAUGAACUUGGACAUAUUAGACUAACGGAUUUUGGACUAUCCAAAGAAGGUAUUACAGAUAAUAAUUCAGCAAAAUCGUUGUGUGGUACCCCUGAAUAUUUAGCUCCAGAAAUUAUAGAACAAACUGGACAUGGGAAAGCUGUCGAUUGGUGGAGCUUAGGAAUUAUGAUAUAUGAAAUGUUAACAGGAAAAUUACCAUUUAAUAGUACAAAUAGAAAUGUUUUAUUUGAAAGAAUUAAAUAUGAAACUUUAACUUAUCCUAGUAAUUUAUCACCUGAAGCUGUUGACUUGUUAAAAAAAUUAUUUGAAAAAAAUCCAAAAAAAAGAUUAGGGUCAGGUGCAACUGAUGCAGAAGAAAUAAAAAAUCAUCCUUUUUUUAAAAAUGUUAAUUGGGAAAAUGUACUAUAUAAAAGAGUCAAACCGCCCUUUAAACCUCCCCUAUUUAAUAAAACCGAUGUACAAAAUUUUGAUGAAGAAUUUUUGUGUAUGCCUUUGCGAUAUUCGGACAAAUUUGACAGUAAUUGGGUCUCUUUCAGUUCCAAAAAAAAUAAUUUAAUUCAAGAUUUCAAUUACAAUACGUAUGAAUAG